AUGACAGUACUGGGUUUGUUGAUGAUAGCAGUGUGUGCCGCUGGCACACUGUGUGCUGGCACACUGAACGGCGCCAGCCUCGACAUCAAUCUCUACAAGGACCUCUUACUGGAUCUUCAUAAUCGCUACAGGAGGCAAGUUCAGCCACCCGCGGCAAACAUGCAGGUCAUGGUUUGGAAUCAGAAUCUUUCCACGGAAGCCGCGUCAUGGAUUGAAGGAUGCGAUUUUAAACAUCAGCACGAAGACAGAGGAGAAAAUUUGGCUUUCAACACUAAUGCAUACACGACCGAAAAGUUAAUCGCUGACGCGCUGAAGUCUUGGUAUGAUGAGAAAAACCAGUACUCGUUGGGGCCACAGUCAUGUGGAGGAGCCUGUCACUACACCCAGAUGGUGUGGCACAAAACCACACAGGUUGGUUGCGCCAUGGUCCAGUGUCAGAGUUUAACUGCCUUCGGAAGGAGAUUCAAGAAUGCCUGGUACCUCGGCUGCUUUUAUGAUCCUAAGGGGAACUGGAUAGGGGAGACGCCAUACGAUCAGGGAGCGCCUUGCAGCCAGUGUCUGACAGGACAAACCUGCGACAAAAAAUUGUGUACAGGUAAUGGCGUAAACAAUGUGAAGUGUGAAGACAAGAAAGACAAAUGUGAGACUUGGGAGGCGAUGGGGGAAUGUUCCAAGAACCCAGACUACAUGAGAAGGAACUGCCGUAAGGCAUGCGGGGAAUGCCGAGUGACAGAGGAGAGCACAGUCUGUCGCGACAAUGACGGAAGAUGUGGAACAUGGGCCAGAGGCGGCGAAUGCGAGAACAACAAGGAAUGGAUGCUACCAAACUGUCGAAAAUCAUGCAAAGGUUGCACCGGCGGAAAUGGUGAAAGUGGCAACGACAACGGUAGCGGAAGUGGAAGUGGCAACGGUCGCGAUGGAGUAGAUGGAUUGGCGUGUCACAAUGAAUUCCCUCAGAGAUCGUGUCGUGUCUGGAGCUUAUCUGGAGCAUGUAACAGACACCCGGAAUACAUGUCCCUGAAGUGUCGCCGGGAGUGUGGACUGUGUCGAGACAACGGGAAUGUGUGUAGGAACAAACUGCGGUGUUGUGCUGACAUGAAGAGGAGGGGAUAUUGCAGGCAAUACCGGAAGUUUAUGAGAGAUAACUGCCCAGCCUCAUGCUCUCGAUGUUAAGGUUGGACACAAUUCAUCGACGUUGUAACCGCCUUAGAAAUGGAAUGCACUUCCCCAUCGUGAAAUAUAGAGAGUUACGGUAUACUCCCCAGAAUUACAGGACACAUUAGUUGGUUGACAACUUAAACAUGAAUGGUGUUAUAAUGUAAUGAUAUUGAAUUGUGAACGCUCGCAUACCUGGCUAGUUCCUUAAAUAGUUUUAUCAUGUUGCACAGGUUACAAAAUUAUUCUAAAUAGUGAACUGGAAAUGUUAUAGAAAGCAUAUCCUACAGAACAGCACCUCUGAUAACGGAUAUCAAAUACUACAUAUACCGAUACCUAAACUUAAACUGUAUGAAACGAUCCAAGGGGAGACAAAUUACAUCAUUUUUCAUUAUAAAAAAACUAAUUGAAUUUUGUAUAUAUUCUGAACUGGUGCCACUCUUUAUAUAAAUCAAACGUGGCAUACAUGGUAACGUCAAACUCCGGGACUAAAAGACUUUAAGCAGAGUUUACCACCCAACUAAUUCAAAUUAUUAUACAAUAGAUAUAACACUUGAUACAGACUACGGGCUGGACUAAUACUGCGUGAUAAUGGUGUGAUGAUACCCGCGUGUGUUUAUGUGUUUAUUUUUUAAUAAAUAUUCAUAUUUCUCCGCCUC